CAUACCUUUAAAUGUGCUACAUUAUGUAAUAACGUUUAAUAUUUUACAUUUUAAGUGAAAAUUCGUGUGGUUACUCAUGGAAUGUAUAUUAUUAUAGUUUAUCCACUACCGCUACCAUGACGAUUUAUGGUAGUUGAAAUGAACCAACAUGGAAACGGAGAGUAAUACUUUCUUGAAUCAGCUUCGGCUCAAACAUGAGAAUCACGCGAAUGUCUUGAAUCACGUCAGCCAUGAGAAUUCGGACGGCAUUAAAAUAAAAUUGCGAGCAUUGUUGGUAGCGCUUCUUGGGGUGUCCAUGUCGGCAUGCGCUUUCGCGUCCCAACCCGUCGAACUAGAGCUGGACGACGAUGAUGUCGCACAGAAACUUAACAACGUCAGCUUUGCUAGACGAAUUACUAAGCCUACAAUUCGACUAGUGAUGGGUUAUGGGAAACUUAGUGCGUUUGUCACCGCAACAACCUCAUUGCUUUUACUGGUGGCUGUAAUGUCUAAACAAUCUUGGUGGCGUCGUGGUGCUCGGUGGCUGGCUGCCCCAGCGCUGCUGGUUGCUGCAUUAGAGACUGCAUCGGAUGCCAGCGAUGCCAUGCUUGCAGCCGUGUUGCGUGGCUCCGCCGAGCCAGCGCGGGUCGCCGUACAAACUGCCGCCGCUGCUCUGCUCAUCACCGUCGAAAUACUAGUAUGGUAUUUUAUUGCGAAAUUUUUCGAGUAUAACCCUCCAGCGACAGCCGAGGAACGUGAGAAAGAGAAUCUAAUGAGAGCAAUGCCACAAUAAAUAAUGCCCUUACAGAAACAUAAAACUACAGAUCUAAUUUUGUACAA